CGUUGUUCCGCUGAACCUCAACCGCGAUCGGAUGGUACAAGAAGCCGGGAAACAGUGUAGUUUAGUUAAAAAAGCGUUUUCACUUGGCUGGAGUCACAUUGAAGCUGGAGAGGAGGAGGAGAGAAAAACUUUCAAACUUGGGAACUAAUCUGUGGAGCAUUUUAAAGGAUAAGAAAAAAGGAUCAGCUGGUUAGAACAAGAGCGUCCACAUGCUGCAGCGUCGUUUCCAGUUUCCCCCGAAGAGGAAUUUUGCACAUCAUUGUGAAAAAAGGGAUGAAUGAGAGCCGAUCUGCUCUCCUCAGAAGGUGCCACCUUGCCUUGUCCAAGGCCGACACCCUUGGCUCUGUUCCUGCCAGAGCUGCCCUCUCUGAGGACUCUGGAGAUGGAGUGGCAGCGCAGCCUGAGAGUGAUGCAGCCUUCCCGCUGUCUGAUUUCUCGCACCUGUUUGAGAGCGAAGAUGGCUCCCCAUCAACUCAGGACACGAGCCAGGAUUCAGCCCUGGAGCUGGUCCAGCCCGGCCAGCCUGUGGACGGCAGGCAGAAUCUGCGGAUGAAGUUCCAGGGUGCUUUCAAGAAGGGUAUUUCCAAUCCAAUGGACCUACUUGAAUCAACCAUAUAUGAGUCCAAUGUGGUUCCAGGCCCCAAGAAAGCACCCAUGGACUCUCUCUUUGACUAUGGUACCUACAGGAACACAAGCAACCAGAAGAGACGCAGGAAGAAGCUCCCAAGAGGGAAAACUGAGGCAUCUUGUGAUGAUGGUCAAAGCUCGGACCCACCAAAAGUCAUGAAAAUAUUCAACCGCUCUCUGCUCUUCGACUCUGUGUCACGUGGAGACCCCGAGGCCCUCGAGGGCCUGUUGGAGUACCUGCAAAGUCACGAAAAGAGGUUAACCGACGAGGAGUUCAGAGAGCCAUCGACGGGAAAGACGUGUCUGCCCAAAGCUCUGCUGAAUCUUUACGGUGGUCGGAACAACACCAUCCCGCUGCUGGUAGACAUCGCAGAGAAGACCGGAAAUCUCAGAGAGUUCAUAAAUACGCCCUUCAGAGACGUCUAUUACAGAGGUCAGACGGCGCUGCACAUUGCCAUCGAACGGCGCUGUAAGCAGUACGUGGAGCUGCUGGUGGAGCAGGGAGCCGACGUUCACGCCCAGGCCAGGGGACGCUUCUUCCAGCCCAGAGAUGAGGGGGGCUACUUCUACUUUGGUGAGCUGCCUCUGUCACUGGCUGCAUGCACCAACCAGCCCGACAUAGUGCACUACCUGACUGAGAAUCCGCACAAGAAGGCCGACCUGCGACGGCAGGAUUCACGUGGAAACACGGUGCUCCACGCCUUAGUGCACAUUGCAGACAACACCAAGGACAACACACGAUUCCUCACCAAGAUGUACGACCUGCUGCUAAUCAAGAGCGCCAAGCUCUACCCAGACUGCAGCCUGGAGACGGUGCUCAACAACGACGGCAUGUCCCCUCUCAUGAUGGCCGCCAAACUGGGCAAGAUAGGGGUUUUUCAGCACAUCAUCCGACGCGAGAUCAAAGACGAGGAAGUUCGUCACCUGUCGCGUAAGUUUAAGGACUGGGCUUACGGUCCGGUGUACUCCUCCCUCUAUGAUCUGUCUUCGCUGGACACAUGUGGAGAGGAACCAUCUGUGCUGGAAAUCCUUGUCUACAACAGCCGCAAUGAGAAUCGCCACGAGAUGCUGGCGGUGGAGCCCAUCAAUGAGCUGCUGAGGGCCAAAUGGCAGAAGUUUGCUGCUGUCACGUUUUACAUCAGCGUGGUUUCCUACCUCAUCACCAUGAUCAUCUUCACCCUCGUGGCUUAUUACCACCCAACACAGGGAACGCCUCCGUACCCCUACACCACAUCCUCUGACUACUUGCGAAUGGCAGGGGAGAUCAUCACGUUGGCAUCAGGAAUCUUCUUCUUCCUCACAAAUAUUAAGGACCUCUUUCUGAAAAAGUGCCCUGGAGUGAAGUCUUUAUUUAUUGAUGGAUCCUUUCAACUGCUGUACUUCAUCUACUCUGUGCUGAUUGUCGUCACAGCUGCUCUCUACCUGUCUGGCAUUAAAGCCUACGUCUCUGUGAUGGUGUUUGCACUUGUCCUGGGCUGGAUGAACACACUCUACUUCACCCGAGGCCUGAAGCUCACUGGCACCUACAGUAUCAUGAUACAGAAGAUUCUUUUCAAAGACCUUUUCAGGUUCCUGCUGGUGUAUGUGCUCUUCAUGAUUGGAUAUGCAUCAGCCUUGGUGUCCCUGCUGACAGUGUGUCCUCCACCGGGGACACAGUGUGAUGGGGACUGUCCCACCUACCCCAACUGCAGGGACCCGGACACUUUUAGUACCUUCCUGCUGGACCUCUUCAAGCUGACCAUUGGGAUGGGAGAACUGGACAUGAUCCACAGCGCACAGUAUCCGGCUGUCUUUCUCGUCCUCUUGGUCACUUACAUCAUUCUCACCUUCGUGCUGCUGCUCAACAUGUUGAUCGCUUUGAUGGGGGAGACGGUGGGGCAGGUGUCCAAAGAGAGCAAGAAGAUCUGGAAGCUUCAGUGGGCAACGACCAUCUUGGACAUCGAGCGAUCAUUCCCAGUCUGCCUUCGAAAGUCCUUUCGAGCUGGGGAGAUGGUGACCGUGGGGAAAAACUGGGAUGACACACCGGACCGACGCUGGUGUUUCAGGGUGGAUGAGGUUAACUGGUGUCACUGGAAUCAGAACUUGGCGAUAAUCAACGAGGAUCCGGGAAAGAAUGAGACCAACCUAGUCAAUGGGUUGCAGCAAAGCGUCAGAGCCUUAAGGAGAGGUAAGAUUUUCACUGUUUUCUCUUGGCUUUAA